UGUCACUAAUCAAAGUUAUUAACUUCUCAAAUUAACCUUGUUUAAUAAAACCAGACUCAUAAGCAAAACAACAAAAACUGGUUUGCGGGAAAAAAAAAAAAAGUUAAAAAUGAAAAUAGUAGUCACCGGCUCUACUGGUUACUUAGGCGCACGACUGUGCCACGCCCUCCUCCGUCGCGGCCACUCCGUACGGGCCUUGGUUCGCCGCACUAGCGAUCUCUCCAUCCUCCCUCCAGAAAGCGAUAACGAUGCGUUCGAGCUGGCCUACGGAGAUGUAACCGACUACCGCUCGCUAACGGAGGCUUUCUCCGGUUGCGAUAUCGUUUUCCACGCCGCGGCUUUAGUUGAGCCUUGGCUUCCGGAUCCAUCUCGAUUCGUCUCCGUCAACGUCGGUGGACUGAAGAAUGUCUUGGAAGCAGUUAAGGAGACGAAAACAAUCCAGAAGAUAAUCUACACUUCUUCCUUCUUCGCGCUUGGGUCAACCGAUGGAUCUGUUGCUAAUGAGAAUCAAGUUCAUAGCGAAAGGUUCUUCUGCACGGAGUACGAGAGAUCGAAGGCUGCUGCUGAUAAGAUUGCCUUGAAUGCUGCGAUUGAAGGCGUGCCGAUAAUCUUGCUGUAUCCGGGUGUUAUUUAUGGUCCAGGGAAGCUCACUUCAGGCAAUAUGGUUGCUAAAUUGAUUAUCGAGCGUUUUAGUGGGAGAUUACCUGGAUAUAUCGGGUACGGGAAUGAUAGAUGCUCCUUCAGCCACGUUGAUGAUGUAGUGGAGGGUCAUAUAGCUGCAAUGGAAAAAGGUAGGCUUGGUGAAAGAUACUUGCUCACCGGGGAAAAUGCUUCUUUUAAGCAUCUCUUUGACAUGGCUGCACUCAUUACCGGAACCAAAAAACCAAGCUUUAGCAUUCCGUUGUGGGUCAUCGAUGCAUACGGAUGGUUAUCUGUUCUCAUCUCUCGGGUUACGGGAAAGCUUCCAGUUAUCAGUCCUCCGUCAGUGAAUGUGCUGCGACAUCAAUGGGCAUACUCGUGUGACAAGGCUAAGAAGGAACUUGGUUAUAACCCUCGAAGUCUAAGGGAGGGAUUGGAGGAGAUACUAACUUGGUUGAAGGAUUUGAGACUCAUUCAAUAUUGAAAUCAAAAUUGCCCAUCUUUCUGAUACUCCUAAGAUUCAAUGUGACUACUAUUCUGUGAUAUACAGUUUGAUUGCUAAUGUGGAUUAUCAGUGAGAUUUUAACAACUCAAAUUUUAGAACUACAGUUUAUCUCUUCUGAAGGUAUCUUUGUUUGUUACCCUGACUACUAAAACGUUCAAGAGUCAUGUUCUUUGAAGGGAUUUUUUUUUGUGAUUUUAAUUUUAGAAUAUUUUCGAAUGUCCGUUCUAAGAGAUUAUGAGAACGAAAGAGGAGUAUGCAAAUGUGGAAGCACCACAUCUUAUUUGGCAAGAACUUAUAUGAUUACAUGUAUAUGAUGAGAAGAUUAGUGCUAAAGUAUCCUAUAAAUGUGUUCAUAAUGCUUUUCGCUCUUCCAGUUUCAGGACAUCCCACUUUUAUUAUAGUAGUAGCUGCAUGGUCCUCUUUUCAGUUUAUGCUGGUACAGUCGACACUUUUAGAGAAAGGGACACCGAGAUUAACACCACAUUUAACAGGGAGUUGUUUGGCAUUAUCAUCAAUGAUUCCUGGGAUUGCAUUAGCUGCGUCCUUCAAGCAUUGACAAGCCGCUUGUUUAUCCGGUUUCUCCGGCGCUGCGGCUUUUAGACUGUUGAGUCCGCCGCAACACGGUACAGACGGGGUUCCUCCACCUCUAAGAUAAGCCAAACACGGUGCUAAGUACAUGUUUACCUGCGAACAUUGUAUGGCUUCUCCCUCGUGGUUCGCUAUCACCAUUACAAGUGUUACCACAAACAGUAACAUGUUCCGAGUUUUGCUAACGUUCCUCAUUUUUUUUUUUCACUUAUAUUGAGUUUUGACAAUUUCG